UCCUGCUCAAGGGGUGGAACUUGGCUGGGCCUGAACUCUCGAUCCGCGGUCUCCCACCGGCUUGCGGGCCACGCUGUCAUGCGUUCCGGGGGCCGCGGGCGGCCCCGGCUCCGGCUUGGGGACCGAGGUCUCAUGGAGCCACCUACGCCCCGCAAGCGCCGCCUGCUUCCUCGCGUGCAGCCCUUGCCCCUGCUGCUGCUGGCGCUGGCGGUGGGCACGGCGUUGCUCAUUCUCUGGGGCGGCUGGCGCCGAUGGAACGAGGAGCUGGCGCGGGGCCGGGAGCACCGGGCCCCGCUGAUUGGAAGCCUCCCGGAAGCCAAGUUGCGGAUGGUGGUGGGGCAGCUGGACCCACAGCGACUCUGGGGGACGUUCCUGCGCCCCCUGCUGAUUGUGCGAACGCCGGGUAGCCCAGGCAAUCUCCAAGUGAGGAAGUUCCUGGAGGCCACACUGCGGGCCCUGACAGCGGGCUGGCACGUGGAGCUAGAUCCCUUCACAGCUUCCACACCCCUGGGGCCAUUGGACUUUGGAAACGUGGUGGCCACACUGGACCCAGGAGCUGCCCAUCACCUCACGCUGGCCUGCCACUAUGACUCGAAGCUCUUCCCUCCUGGGUCUGCCACCUUUGUGGGAGCCACAGAUUCUGCUGUGCCCUGUGCCCUGCUAUUGGAGCUGGCCCAGGCCCUAGACCUGAUGCUGAGCAAGGCCAAGCAGCAGGCAGCUCCAGUGACCCUGCAGUUCCUCUUCUUGGAUGGGGAAGAGGCCCUGAAGGAGUGGGGACCCAAGGAUUCCCUCUAUGGGUCCCGGCACCUGGCCCAGCUCAUGGAGUCCAUACCCCACAGCCCCGGCCCCACGAGGAUCCAGGCUAUCGAGCUCUUUGUGCUUCUUGAUCUCCUGGGAGCCCCAAAUCCCACCUUCUACAGCCACUUUCCGCGAACUAUCCGCUGGUUCCAUCGGCUAAGGAGCAUUGAGAAGCGUCUGCACCGGCUGAACCUUUUGCAGUCUCACCCCCAGGAAGUGAUGUAUUUCCAACCCGGGGAGCCCCCUGGCUCUGUGGAAGAUGACCACAUCCCCUUCCUGCGCAGAGGGGUCCCGGUGGUCCACCUCAUUGCCACGCCCUUUCCUGCUGUCUGGCACACUCCAGCAGACACUGAGGCCAAUCUCCACCCACCCACGGUGCAUAAUCUCAGCCGCAUCCUGGCUGUGUUCCUGGCUGAGUACCUGGGGCUCUAGGUUGGGGGGCUGGUGACAAAGGGGACCUUCCUCCAGAAGUGCCCUGCAGCGGACCAGUCUAGGCCCACCUCAGGCAUGCGGCAGCGCAUCCUCACCUACACCUGCAGCUCCUACCUGCACCACGGCCACUUCAAGGGACACAGAAGGAACCAGAGUGGAUGUGGAAGGGAGGGGGGGGCGUGGUGAGAGGUGAAGCGUAUGAGUUUGGCCCCUUUCUCUGGGGUAAAUUCUGGAGUUUUCCAUGGACCAAAUGCUAUGCUUUUCAUCAGAAAGUGCUCGUUUGGCUUUGUGUGGUUGAGCUAGCAACCAAUCCCAUCAAAUGAAUUCUUUUCGGCUUAUGCUUUCUUCUCAGCCCGUUCUCUACAGAACGGCAGUUUUGCUACUGCAGAAUCAGGAACAGAAGGGAUGAAAGGCCAGACUCUCUGGAAGACAGGUUUUCUCUGAUCCAGUGGGUGUUAAGCCACCACUUGAAAAGGGAUCAAAGAUCAAAGUUCUAGCAUAAAACAUCAUUAAAUGCAUCCUCGUGACACAAGGCAAAUUUCCAGCCGGGCAAGAGACUGUCGUAGUUCCCAAUGUACUUCAUCAGGGAACCCUUUGAGCUAGGAAGCACAAUCACAGAACAAGGGUGCCUGAGAAGAUACUUUGCGGAAGCCCCAUGUUCAGCAAAUUUGAGACUAUUUGUAGUAGGAAUACAUCAAACAAAGCUACAUUUGUUUCAUCAAACCAUCCUAUUUUUUUUUUUUUUUGAGGAAGUACUGGUGGAACUCACAGCCUUUCAAAUGCUCUACCACAGA